ACAAACGUUCCUGGAGUUGCACUUCCACGUUUUGACCAUUAGGUGGCAUGCGUCGCCCAAUGUGGAAUUGCGCUUGCGUUCCCCACCGCAGGCCGAGCAGGCGCAGUCUGGUAACCGCGGCAGCGAGGAGUAGAGGAGGUGCUGGAUUCUCUCGCGAGGAAGGACGCCAUUAUCGCCCACAAAACACCACGAGAACUCGCCCCCAAACGAAACAUCAAAAACUGUGUGCCGUACAGAACCUAGAAACAAUUUAUAAAUGAUGUCAGGACAGGAGCUGGCAGAAGUUGUUCAGAUAGCAGUAGAAGACCUACAUCCUGAUCAUCACCCUGUUGUCUUAGAGAAUCAUGAAGUCACGGAGGAUGACAUGACUCCCUCACUGAAACGACAGCGCAUAGAAAUCAACUGUCAGGAUCCAUCCAUAAAGUCCUUCUUGUUCUCCAUCAACCAAACAAUUUGCCUGCGGCUGGACAGCAUUGAGUCUAAGUUACAAGUUCUAGAGGCAACUUGUAAGUCUUUAGAGGAGAAGCUGGACCUGAUCAUGAACAAACAACCUACACCAAUCCAAGUGCCCAUGGUGGCUGGGUCCCCACUUGGAGCUACUCAGACAUGGAACAAAGUCCGAUGCUACCCCUCCAGUGAUGUCAUCAUUAGGGGUGGGGCUACAGAAGAGGAGCCCCGGACCAGGAAGGAGGUUCGUAAUGUUGUUCCUCAGACAACUGUAAUCCUAAAUAACGAAAGACAGAACUCUGUAGUGGCCAAACUGGAGGGUCAGGAGGAUUCAAUGAACAGAGCAACAGAAAGCCUGGAAAAUAUGCUCAAUAGUGCUAGCGGACGAAGACACAAUACCAUUGUCGUAAAGGUCCCAGGCCCAGAUGAUAGCCACAAUGAUGAUGAUAGUGGAUCUGAAGCCAGCGACACAUUGUCCAACUGUGGGCACUCAGGGAACUCUAACAUGGGAAACAAUGUGACUCUUAUCACCCUCAAUGCUGAAGAGGAUUUCCCAAACGGCACCUGGCUAGGAGAUGAGAAUAAUCCUGAGAUGCGCGUGAGAUGUCCUGUGACAGCCGCCGAUAUGCUUCACAUUAGCACAAAUUGCCGGACAGCAGAAAAGAUGGCUCUAACGCUGCUCGACUACCUUUUCCAUCGCGAGGUGCAAGCAGUCUCCAACCUUUCUGGGCAAGGAAAACAUGGGAAAAAGCAGCUUGAUCCCUUGAUGAUUUAUGGAAUACGCUGUCACCUUUUCCACAAAUUCAGAAUCACAGAAUCAGAUUGGUAUAGGAUCAAACAGAGCAUUGAUUCGAAGUGCCGCACAGCCUGGCGCAGGAAACAAAGAGGACAAAGCCUGGCUGUUAAGAGCUUCUCCAGACGAACUCCAUCCAAUUCUUCAUACAGCACGACAGAUGGAGUUCAAAAUACUGUGUCGUCCUCCAGUGACCUACAGCAGGCUCCACCCCAGGCCCUGCACUACGCGUUGGCUAAUGCCCAGCAAGUGCAGAUCCACCAGAUUGGAGAGGACGGUCAAGUUCAGGUGGGACAUCUGCAUAUCGCACAGGUUCCCCAGGGAGAGCAGGUGCAGAUAACCCAGGACAGCGAGGGGAACCUGCAGAUCCAUCAAGUCCAUGUGGGUCAGGACGGUCAGGUUCUCCAAGGAGCACAACUUAUUGCUGUUGCCUCUGCUGACCCAACGUCUGGUGUAGUCGAUGGCUCCCCCCUUCAGGCCAAUGAUAUCCAGGUCCAGUAUGUUCAACUUGCACCAGUUAGUGAAUCCUCAGCAACAGCUCAGGCAGUGGAACCUCUGCAGUCUGCCCUACAGCCAGAAAUGCACAUUGAAGCACAUGAAGCCAUUCAGAUCCAGUAACUUGAGCUGUACUAUGGACCAAGCACAGCUGCUUAGGACAAAAACCUAUUCUGCCAAUGGGGACAUAUCGACAUUCGGUCAUCUUACAGGACCAGAAUGCAGUAUACAGGACUAGACGGGAAGCAGCUACAGAAUUCAUUAUUUUCAAUGAUCUGUACUCUAAAAAUGCAAUUUUUUUAUAUUGUUUAUAAGUGAACUCUUUCAUAGCUUGUCAUUUUCUGUUAAUAUAGAUUUGCAGUGCAUUAUGUAAGUGGAUUUUUUUCAUGACAGUCGUUUAUUCAUAUACUUCAUGAUGCAUUAUGCCUAAAAUAUAUCUAUUAUAUUGCAUGUUAGUUUGGGUCAUCAGACUUAUAGCAACCGUAAUACAAACACAUAUACAUGCCAGUAAAAUGCUUGUGUGAAGCCAGCCGUAAAGUAACCCACUGAAUGUAGAGACUUGUGGGAGAAUUGCAUUAAUUAAAGGGAAACUCCGGUGGAAACAAGUAGAAAACAAAUGUUUUCAAAUCAACUGGUGCUAGAAAGUUAAACAGAUUUGUAAAUU